UAUAGAAGAAAUAAUGAGGCACAGAACAUUGGUGCCACUGAGUGUAUUCCAUAAAACGAACGAAGAGGCAAUUUUAUAUGGAUAUUCUAUCCCGAAAAAUACUACGGUUUGUCCAAAUAUUUGGGCUGUUCAUUUUGACCCAGAACAUUUUGAAAACCCAGAAGAAUUUCGACCAGGAAGAUUUCUCGACGGUGACGGAAAAUUCAUCAAAUCAAAUCGCGUGAUCCCGUUUUCAGUCGGCCAAAGAGGUUGCCUAGGACAACAGCUGGCCAAAAUGGAAAUAUUCAUUAUCCUAAUAGGAUUACUGCAGAAGUUGAGAGUUGGUCCUGACCCUGAAAAGCCGCUUCCAUCUUUCUAUAUCGGCGGGAAUUGUAUAGCAACAUAUGAGCCUCCACAAUUUGAAGUCGUUUUUAAACGACGUUAACUUACCUUUCGGAAGUUCCACUGGUUAAGGUUUAAGCUUACUUUGUUAGCUUAUAAUUAUCUUUUGCGCUUUAAAUUGCAAACCGAAUCACAGUUUCGUAUACCAAACUAUAAAUACUUUUGGUAAUCAAGUGAAAUAGACAACACUUGUCGCAAACUAUUUCGGCAAUUCAAGCCAUACAA